CAGUAUAGAUAAGAAUUAGAGUAUCACAGAUACGAUUUGUUCAGUGCUCCGUGACUUGGUAUUAAUUUUAUGGUCCGUAUACUUAAGUAACCAACAAAUUAGCUAGUAAUAAAAUUAUACCUGCGCACUUGUGUUUUUGUUGACCAAGAUAAUUAAACAAUCAAGUUUUGUCAUGACGUUAAGCGAUUAUUCCCGAUUAAUAAGUUAUAAGUAUGCGUAGUCUAUUCAAACGUGAUAAGAGAUAAGGACAAUAAUUAAAACUAGUUCAUAAGUUUAUCUUGUAUUUUUUGGUAAUACAAUUUUUUGCUAACAAGAAUAUCAGGCAACUAAAUAAAAAGUUAAGUAAUUCCUCCUAAUAAAAAACAUCAAGGAAACCCAAACAUUGUGUCAUUGGUCGUUACGCUAUAGAACAUCAAAGGUAUUAAUCUCAAGAAAAAAUAUGAAUAAUGUUAAAACACCAGUUUCUUUAUUAAACGAAUUUGCUGAUAAGUAUCGAACGGAAAAACCAUUAUAUUCAGAUGCAGUAUCUGAAAUACCUUCAUAUCCAUUUAAAUGUACUGUACAAGUGGGUUCAAUAAUAGCACAUGGAUAUGCCCUUACUAAAAAAGAAGCAAAGCAUAAGUGUGCCCAGGAAGCUUUAAAUAAGUUGGGAGUUGAAUUUAAAACUACAAUAUCGCUUAAUAAUAAUACAGAAACAUUUAAAAGUGUAAAUUACAUUGGAUUACUUAAUGAACAUGCUGCAAAAAAACAAGUUCCAUAUCCUCUAUAUAAGGAGAGUAUUUGUAAUACUCAAGAAUUUGUUAUUCAUUGUCAUUUUAUGAAUUUGAAGACUGAAGGAAGGGCAUUGAACAAAAAAGUAGCUAAGCAAGAAGCUGCCAGACAAAUGUUAGAUAGAGUUGAUAAUGAAAAUAUAAUCUACCCACUUAAGGAUUAUUCGAAUUCGCAAAAUUUGAUCGAUGAUGAUUCCAUGAAGAAAAUUCUACAAAAAUAUAGUUCCUUGCAGAUUUUAAAUGAACCACUAAAAGCGGAUAUACAGUUGGGGCUUCCGAUAGUAGAGAAUCAUGUUGUAACAAUGGAAGAGCUGAUAGAGCAGUUAGAAAAAAAGGGACAUACAUGUAAUAUAGAAUUAUUUCAACAGGACCCAUAUAUGGUAGUAUUAAAAAUUGAUGGAGGAACCCUUGCAGUAAUGGGCCACGGAGAAACUAGAAAAUUAGCAAUGAACAAUUUAUAUGAAAAAGCAAGUACUAUGUUCCAAAACGGAUUCACAUUCAAGUCUACGUUCAAAAAAGAGCUUUGAUUUUUUCAAUCUUGGCAACUUAUAAACAACAUGUGAUAUCAAAGUUAAAACUAAACAAAUCAAUUAUUUAAGGUUUAUGUAAUGUUAAUUUGGGUGUCAAAAUAUUUUUAGUUAAUUUUUUUGCAGCAGCC